AUGGCUGAGACUGGUACAUCAGUGGGUGAGAUCAGCGGGCAAUCGAAACCAAUCAAUUCGGUUGAUUUCCGACCAGCGAGGCCCUUCAGAAUCGUGACCGCGUCCGAGGACAACACGCUAGCCGUGUUUGAAGGGCCCCCCUUCAAGUUUAAGUGCACUAAACAGGAGCACACUCGUUUCGCUCAAGCCGUCAGGUACAGCCCUGAUGGCAGUUUGUUCGCGUCAGCUGGCUUUGAUGGAAAGAUCUUCCUCUUCGAUGGAGCCACCUCCGAACUUAAGGGAGAGAUAGGCUCCCCGGCUCAUAAGGGCGGAGUGUACUGCAUUUCAUGGUCAGCGGACGGCAAGCAACUGUUAUCAUGCUCCGGAGACAAGACAUGUGCUAUAUGGGACGUUGAAACUAAGGAGAGAACUCACACCUUCAAUAUGGGAAAUGCUGUGGAAAAUCAACAGGUGUCAUGUCUAUGGCAGAAGGAUCACAUCAUAACAAUAUCAUUAUCGGGUGACAUCACAUACUUGGACAUAUCAAACCCAGAGAAACCUCUGCGUGUGGUGACCGGACACAAUAAACCUAUCACCUGCCUCGCAUUACACGGAACCUCUCUAUUCACAGCUAGUCACGACGGUGUGGUCACCAGGUGGAAUGUUAAUACUGGUGAAGCUGUCCACAUUUCCGGUCCGGGUCACGGAAACCAAGUGAAUGGAAUGAAGGCUUGCGAAGACGGAAGUCUACUUACGUGUGGAAUAGAUGAUACCUUGAGGAAGGCUGUACCCGCUAACGAAGGUGAUGUCCCAAUAUAUUCAUCUGAUGCAACACCUUUGGGAUCUCAGCCAAAAGCUUUGGAUCAUCUUGAGAGUGAAGGAAUUACAGUUGUGGCUACCGUUAAAGAGCUCCUAGUACUGAAAGGCAAUGUUAAACAAAAAUCUCUGUCUCUAAGCUAUGAACCAAGCUGUGUUACAAUAGAUCCAGAGUCUAAACAUGUUGCUGUUGGUGGUGAUGACAACAAGGUCCACAUAUAUUCUCUAUCCGAUCUGAGUGUCAUCAAUGAGCUACAACACUUGGGCCCGGUCACAGACGCUCGGUACAGCCCUGACAGUCGCUACCUUGUAGCUUGCGACGCUCAUAGAAAGAUCAUACUAUAUACUACUGAGGAAUAUAAGCUAGCUCAUAAAGCGGAGUGGGGCUUCCACACGGCACGUGUAAACCGUGUCGCUUGGAGCCCUGAUAGUUCAAGAGUUGUCUCCGGAGCCCUAGACACAUGCCUCAUUGUAUGGAGCGUCGCUGCUCCAACUAAACAUAUCGUUAUUAAAAACGCUCACCCACAAAGCCAGAUCACGGGAGUGUCGUGGGUAGACAAUGAGACAAUCGUGUCGGUUGGUCAAGACGCAAACACGCGCGUGUGGUCGGUGCCUAACGCCUAA